AAAAAUAUAUGUAUUCCUAUGUUUAAUUUAAUAUAUCUAUUCACAAAAUCCCACAUGUCUAUAAAAAGAUAGAAACUGAACUCUAGAUCUAUAACCCUUUCUAUGGAAGCUCCGACAACAAGUCUCUCGUUGCCCUGGAAAACACGAAUAUUCCUUUAUCUAUUUAACACCGUAACUUAUGCAGCUAUACGACCAGACGGCACCGUCAACCGCCGUCUUUUCAACUUCUUUUUCUUCCGCAUCCCACCGGAGUCCAAACCAAUCAACGGCGUCAAGACAUACGACGUCGUCGUGGACCCAACUCGCCACCUCUGGUUCCGAGUAUUUGUCCCCACAGAAGACGCGAUAGAAGAUGUCCCGCUCAUCUUUUACUUUCACGGUGGUGGGUUCGCUUUCUUGGCCCCCAACGUUAAGCAAUACGACGUGGUGUGCCGCCGGAUGGCGAGAAAGGUGGCUGCGGUUGUUGUUUCGGUUGAUUAUCGUCUUGCACCGGAGUACCGGUACCCUGUGCAACAUGAUGAUUGCUUUGAGGUGAUGAAGUUUCUUGAUGUUGAAGAGAAUAGGUUAAAAUGGUUACCGGAGAAUGUGAAUGUUUCACGGUGUUUUCUUGCCGGUGAUAGUGCUGGUGGAAAUAUAGCUCAUCAUCUUGCUCAAAGAUCUUGUGAAUUUAAUUUCCAACUACUUAAGGUAAUUGGCGUGGUGGCGAUUCAACCAUUUUUUGGCGGGGAGGAGCGAACAAAUUCGGAAAAAGAACAUGACGGAAACCACUUGUCGUUGAGUCGAACAGACUGGUAUUGGAAUGUGUUUAUGCCGGAGGGUGAAGGCUACAACCGUGACCAUUCGAUCAUCAACGUUAGCGGUCCAAAGGCGAUGGACAUAUCAAAAAUGGAUUUUCCGACAACCAUGGUGGUUGUGGGAGGGUUUGAUCUUCUACAGGACUGGCAAAAAAGGUACUAUGAGUGGUUGAAGAAGUCUGGCAAAGAAGCAUAUAUGGUUGAGUACCCCAACAUGUGCCACGGUUUCUAUGCCUUCCCGGAAUUACCGGAAUCUGAACAACUUAUGUCGGAUGUCAAGGACUUCGUCCACAUGGUCUUAAAGAAGACAACUAAUUAAUGUAUUAGUUACUGAAUAUUAUUAUCUUUGAAGAAAUAAAGAUUUAUAAAAGUGGUCUUUUGCUA